GCGAGCGGGGCGCGGGAGGGAGUCGUGCGAGCGAGGGAGCUGGGGCAGAGCGCUGAGUAGCGCCAUGGAGUAGCCGCAGACGCACACAGACACGCAGAGAGAGAGCACCGUCAAUCACCACCGCUACCACCACCACUACCACCACCACUACCACCACUACCACCACCACUACCACCACUACCACCACCAUCAUCAAUCGGAUAGCAAAACCCCGGGAGCGCUGCGAGACACGGAGGGCGGUCGUGACCGAGAUCAACACAGUUCACACACACACAGAGGAUACACACACGACACACACAGAGGAUACACACACACAGAGGAUACACACACACACGACACACACAGAGGAUACACACACACACGACACACACAGAGGAUACACACACACACACGACACACACAGAGGAUACACACACACACGACACACACAGAGGAUACACACACACACGACACACACAGAGGAUACACACACACAGAGGAUACACACACACAGAGCAUACACACACACAGAGGAUACACACACAUACAGGCAUACACACACAGGGCACAUACAGGAUACACACACACAAGACACACACACAAGACACACACACAAGACACACACACACAGGACACACACACAGAGGAUACACACACACAGAGGAUACACACACACAGGACACACACGGUAUACAGGAUACUCGUAUACAUAGACACCCGAGUGCACGAAACAAAGAAUAUAUAGGAUCUGCGGACACGUCCACCUAUAAGUACACGCAGUACAGUAACAGCGUAUACACACACAGACAUACGAUCCGCAUCCACAGCACACACGUACAGUGCCACACACAGAGCCCCGCACACACAGCACCAGUGACAGUGCACCACCAUCACCACACUAACACCACAGCACCACCACACUAACACCACCACUCUAACACCACCACCACACUAACACCACCACCACACUAACACCACCACCACACUAACACCACCACCACCACACUAACCCCCCAGGACACGGCGACUUGGGCGGUUAGCGCGGGUGAAGGAGGUGAAGGAGGUGGAGAGGAUUUCACAGCGCGGAGCCGCCGGGAUUUAUGGCGAAUCGCGACUCCUCUCGCUCGCCGGGCAGAGACGAGCAGAGCAUCUCACAGGAAUGGUUCGCAGAAAGAAUCUCCCAUUAAGAAAUGUGUUGGAUGCAUCAACUACUGAAGCCGCAAGUUCAGAGAGAACCAAGAUACGCACAAGUUUAAAGGGGACUACAACCGCCGGGGUGGAUGGACAACUGAGGUCAAGACUUGUGAAUUCCAAGAGAGCACAACAGAAGCAGAUUAAUCCCAAGGCAGGCCCAGAGGGGGAUUCCCAAGCAGCCAUGAUGGAAACAAGUCUUCUGUGUGUUGCGGCAGAGACCUGUUUGCCAAAGACUUGUGAUUUUUUUAUUGGUCAAGCCGAGAUGAAAAGAGAGGACAGUACGGGCAAUUGUCCGCCAGUGAAGCAUGAAGAGGUCGCUGCUUUCUGCAAAACAUACAGCCCUGAAUGUACAAAACAAACACAAGAGAAGUUAACUUCAGACGGUGGAGUGAAUGACUCUGAACAGGCAGAAAUCGCCGCCAACGACACUCAAAGAAAGAGCGAGCCAGACUCCACCACUGACACAUCAUGCAAAGUAACUACCGCCGGCAAAGAUGACGAAGCCGACGAGGUUGGUCAACGGCCUUCCCCAAAGUCCCCUGACAACGACGGUGUCAAGAUCACGGUAAAGGCGGACGAUGUUGGCACCUCCCCAACGCCGGAGCUGCAAGACUUCACUUGCAGUGCCUGUGGCUACAGUUACUAUGGCAACGAUCCUACUGACCUCGUGAAGCACUUUCGCAAAUACCACCUCGGGCUGCACAACCGCACGCGGCACGACGCGGACCUGGAUAGCCGAAUCCUGGCGCUGCACCGCACGGGCCGCCUGUCGGAGACGAGCGAAAUGUUGGGGCUCGCUGGCCACGCCGAUAAACUGAAGAUUGCAGUCAUCCAGAAGACGACCACCUCGUCCUCGAAUGGUUCCUACGAUGUGCAGGUGGCGAUACAGGGCACCCUUAUCGGUAUUGGGCGGAAGACUCCGGAUUGCCAGGGCGACACAAAAUACUUCAGGUGCAAGUUCUGCAACUUCACGUACAUUGGGAGCGCCUCGGCAGAGCUGGAGAGCCAUGCCCUCUCUGUGCAUCCCAGCAAGCUGAAGUUGUCCGCCGAAAAUCCCAACGAUGACCACAGGAGAAGCAACGCAGCCGCAGACGCCGACGGGCAGAUUUUGGAUGGUCCCGUUGCGGCGAGUCAAAAUGCGCGUGGUGAAAAUGUUGAGCAAGAGUCGGCAUCUGAAGGUCAGGGUUUAUCGCAGCUGCCCGCUGCAGGUGCCACAUCCAGUGCCGCCGCCGAGCAGAGCGACGAUUCACUUCGGCGUCUCCAGUGCAGGUCGUGUAGUUUUGCCUGCGAGGGCGGCGACGGUGAGAAGUUGAUGUGCCACUACCGUGAAAUCCACGGCGAUACGUUUUCAGGACCGUCUCCUGAGAAACAGGAGGAAGCGACGGAGGGGGCCGUGAUGGAUGAAGUUGUUCCGGUGACGGAUGGUCAAGGCUGGCUCGCCGACGGUAGCUCGUCCGUUAUAAAAGGCCCCGGGCGAGGAGACUCCAGAACCGCGACGCCAACACACACCGCGCUGCCGGAGGGCAAAGAUGGUCUUAAUCAGGAGACCUGCCCGGACCAACCGCUGGAAAUCUCCGUGCAUGACGAACGUCGUGACACUUCAUAUCAGUGCACAAAAUGUAUAUUUACAUCGCCCACCGAGGAGGGACUUGCUCGGCAUUGCAGAAAAAUCCACGGCGUCAUGAAAUGCCAACACUGCGAUUUUGUUGCUGAAGAUGCGCCCUCCCUUGAAGAACAUUUCCGAAAAGUUCCCCUGCAUGUCAUUUGCAUGAGUCAGGUGUCACCGGUUGCAGUCGGGCCAGAGAGCGCUAUCAAGUCCGAGCAUUCGGCACUCUAUACCAAUCUGCUCGCCACAUGGGCCACAUCUGGCUUCUCCUUGGUCGCGCCUGUUAAGAGCGAGAAGCCGUGCGAUCUGACAGGUAACGGCUUAAGCCUGCAGUCAAACAAGCUCAGCGCGAGGUCUUUAAACAAUCUACUCGCGACUCGGGGAUCUGGAUCGUCCGGUUCAGAGCACGGGGUAAGCCUUCGACAGCUUGAGGGCUCCGCGUCAAAAACCGUCCUCAAGAACGUUUUGACGGCGCAGAGCGCCGCACGAGGUUACUUCGCAACGAGGCAGUCGAUGACGCAGUUCGUCUCGCCACAUUUAACCUCCGACCUCGGCGCCAGGACUCAGAACUUUAAGGGCCACAAUGUGGCUCCUGUGGAGGAUGGCAGCAGCAUGAUGUCCGGCAUGGAUUUCAUGACCUUCCCAGCUGCAGAUGGUGAAAAAUCCAGGGAGGAGCUCCCAUCACUCAGAAGGAAGAGAGGGCAGGGACUGUUUUGUGUAAACUGCCUCACAACCACGACGACACUCUGGAGGAAGAACGCCGGCGGUGUCUACGUUUGUAAUGCCUGUGGCCUCUACGAAAAACUGCAUUCUGCACCUCGACCAUUGAGCAUCAUCAAGCAAAAUAACGGAGAGCAGAUCAUUAGACGCCGCACCCGCAAGCGGACGCUGCCAGACCCUCCGCACGGAGACCAGCAUUCUGGGAUGAGCGGCAAGCAGAAAUGCCUCUCCAGCAACAGCACUCACAACAGCGACGGCCAUACCGCUGAAAACAGGAUGGCAAACGGUGCCUUAAGCUGGGAGAAGGGGCCGCAGAGAGCCUCACCAGGGCAUCCUCCCAAAGUGCCAACAUCCUUGAGCAGGAAUCAUGCGUCUGCAAGCCACGUGCACGUGCCUACGUCCGCCAUCAUUACGGCUUCUUCACCGCCCGCUGACCUUAGCAUCCAGAGCACAAAGCCAGACCCGUUCCGCGGAGGUUCAAGCGACGGCGGCGGCGCCGGCGUUCAGAACUGGCGGGAGGCACGGACGGACUCUGCCGCCUCUGUGGAGAGGCAGCAUCCUCUGGGGCGCGUGUGCUACGUGAGCCCGCUGGAGGAGCGCGAGUCUCUGUCUCGGGGCAGUCCCAUCGAGAAGUACCUUCACCGGCCGCACUGCACCCCGCCGGGGAGCCCCAUUGAGAAGUACCAGUACGCCUCCACCGCCGCCGCUGUCCCCACCACAGCCCUACAGGCAGCCCUGUCCGGCGCCAUCUACCCCCUCAACGGGGAGUGGCUGCGACUCUGGAGCAAGUACAGGAUGAUGAUGGCGGCCAACCCGGAGAGUUACGUCGGCGGAUUUCCGGCCGGCCAGGCACCCAUGCACCUCUCGGACUGGGAGGCGUACGCCUCCUAUUACCGACUGGGCGCUCACCUGAGCGGUGCCGGGGCGAGCGACGGGCCCCUCGAUCUCGUGGUGAAGAAAAGGAAGACGUCGACGCCCGACAGGGGCGUCUCGGCGGGAUCCUUUGCCGCGGCCAGGCGGGAGAACCGGUCCGCCGGCUCGGCGAUGGCACCGCCGCCGCCGUCGUCUGCCGCAUCGCAGCCGAGGACGGUCGAGAGGGGCACGCAGGACGGCUGCUCGACGAAGUGCGCUCGCUGUGGGAUCAUCUUCCAGGACGAAGUGUUGCACACCCUGCACAUGAGCUGCCACGGAGACGAGGGCCCCUUCCAGUGCAGCAUUUGCCAGCACAAGUGUCUCGAUAAAUACGACUUCACCGUGCACAUCCAGCGUGGCCUGCACAAGAUCUCGCCUGCGGUGCCUUUGCCGCAGAGGCCUGGCAGUCAGUGAAAAUGACACGGCUUGUCGUUCGGGUUUUACUUGACAAAUCCUGCUUUUUAAGGUUAUGCCCAUUUCAGACGGCGCGGGGUCAUUCGUAGAGCAACCGUCAAAUAAAUCGACACUUAAUUGGCCAUUUUUUUACGGGCAUCUUUUCAAGUUCUCUAAAUUGUAUUUUUUUUUGCAAACAUCCAAGUAUUUCGUUGGAUAAUUGCAGAUUCAACUUGCACUCCGCUUCUGCAUUGUAAGAGUUGGCUCUGAUCACAACAGCAGCUAUUCAAGAUUUGUCAAGUAUGAAUUUUAACGAAAAUUAGAAUUGAUACAUUGUACCGUUAAACAAAACAUUACUUUCGAAUUCAGCAUCGCUAGAUAUUGCUGUGCCCGAUUGGGCGAUAAGGCUUUAGUUACAAAUGUAUUGCAUUAAAACAAUGAUUUGCUAAAUAUCAACAUUUUAUCGGAUGAGGCUGUAGGCAGUAGCAGCUGCCCGAAUGCCAUUCUGCAAGUGAAUGGAGAGUUACCAGUGCCUUUGUAAAGCUUAUUGGGUCAAUACUGCUCUCGAUGGGAGUUUACAAAAUAGGACAGCAAAAGCCGUAUUUUAGAAUUGUCUUUUUAUCACUACAGCAUGGCUAAAUAGGGUUGACCUCGGCGAGUGGCCGGGGUGCUCGUGUGCGUCGUGCGUAACACUGUUUGGCCGCGAGAGAAGAACGCGCUCGCGCGCGCCGUCACAGUUAUUUUUGUACGUGCGUAUCGUGGGACACUGCCCCCGACUGCGGUUACCAAUGGCUCGCGCGAGCUCGUGCUGGGGUGCCCGCCUGCCCGCCCGCACCCACCUCUCCGCUUUGCACACCGUGGGCCCCUCUCUGCUUGAGCGUGCGUAGCCCGUUGUUCUUGUGGUGGCGGUGUGAGGUAAGGCCCCGUUGACUAUUUGUACUCUUAGUAUAAGCAUGCUAAUGAACCGGGUUUUUUUGUGUUAUAAUUCACGUGAUGCACAAAGUGGUCGCUUAUUCUCACGAAUACUUACACAAGGGCUGUUACAAACGCGAUAGAUAAGGGAUGAUGUUACGUGCUUCAUGAUAAACGUUUUUGGGUUAGAUCGCGUUAUUUAUAAAUGUGUCGUAACCCUCCACCACCCGACACGGCCAAUCAGCAAAAAAGUGUCACGUUGACAAAAGACAAAUAGUUGACUACUUUAACCCACCGGUGUGUUGAAGAGUGAAUCCUGGAUGUAAUUACCAGCGAAAUGUCGUACUCAAAAACUGUUAAUGUUGUGGAUUCACUCUUCAACACACUGGUGGGCUAAAGUAGUGAACUUAUUUUGUCUUUUGUCAACGUGACACUUUUUUGCUGAAUGGCCGUAUCGGGUGGUGGAGGGUAAAUUACGACACAUUUAUAAAUAACGCGAUCGAACCCAAGAACGUUUAUUAUGAAUAAUAUUGGUCGCGAAAGCCUACUACGUGUUAAACUGAUGUUACGUGCUGUCCAUUCCGUUUUGGGUGGAAGUAAUUUGCGAGAAUCUCGAGUGCUGAGCACGUUGUUGAGUGCUUGUCAGCAUCCUCCCUGGACUCCCUCUCGCUGGUGACGGGCCCUGAGUCCCCCGCGCACCGUAGUAAAAUGCGCGAACCCAGUCGCGUGUCAUUUAGACGACUCCACCCAAUGCGCCGGUAAAUGCUGAGGUUUUUUUGCGUUGCGCACAUUUGCCGAAGGGCACCAGAACCUUUUUGCCGUCCUGUGUGCUUUUUGUUGUUGUUGUACAGGGAAUACAAAUGCAAUGCAAAAAAAGAAAGAAAAUCGAUCAUCGUUAUUUGGCAAGAGUGGAUUGCAAACGGUUGCAUUUUACGUCCGGUGACAACACGUUAAGAAGUCGAUCUUAAUCCGCUACACUUGCUUACAAGUACCCAAAGCCACGCAAAGUAUUGCUCCUUCUGUUAUCGUUUAAGAUGGAGAGCCAUCGGUUUAAAUUUUGUGAAAUUGCAUCUUCUGCAGCGAUCACUCAAGCUUAACUUGCCAAUCAAUAUCUUUUUCAUCCUCUGCUUGUGGUUGAAGCAUAUCUGUUUUUUUAUAGUUAUUUUGUAGGAAUUUACUCAAGCAGACAAUAAUACGAAGUUUACAGUGUGCAAGGAAAACAUUUAGUAUAUGCAAAUGAACGUAUUCACAUGAAAAUGCAACAGGAUUGCACUGUACAAUGUAUUAAAGUAUAUACAUAUUUAGUUUUUAUAUAUAUCUUUAAAACAAUCCACAUUUUUCCACAGAUUUUGUACUGCUGUUCAAAAGCAUGUCUUUGGAACUAAAUUAUUUUGUAAUGCUAUUGCCAAAAUACAGGCCCCCUCUUUGAUAUUUCUGCCGUUUGACAUGCCAAUAUUUAUUUAAGCAAAUCUAAGUUUAGCUGGUCUAUAGUGCACAUGACUGUUUUACUAUAUAUAUCGAUAAGCAUGUGUGUAAAAACAAAAUGCACAUUGAACAUAUAUAUAUUGAAGCCUGUAUUUUGAGCACAAAAUACUCUCAACAUUCCAAACAUUCACUUUUCAAAAUCUGCAAGAUCCCGUGGAAUGCAUGUCACCAUUGCAAAAUAAUACGCACACAUCAAUUGUAUUUUAAGAAAUGAGACUCCGUGUAUAUCUUCAUCCUGAGCCCAGAAUAACAUAUGUAUAACAUUUUAUUACAUUCAUAUUGUAUUGCCUCUCAGUCUUAACGUUUAAAAAUAUAUAUAUACCUGCUAUGUAUGCAUGUGCCAUGUUUACACAAUUGGCGAUACAUACUGGAUUGUAGUUUGAAGUGAGACCCAGUGGGAGGGUCUGCCGUGUCGAUUCUGACACGGGCCACGUGCGGCCACAGGGCGGGGGGGGGGGGGUUGUAACAUUGGUUAAAAGCACACACACACAUUGCAGUUGCGAUUACUUUAUAAUGAUGUGCGUAGAGUACAUCAUUUGCAAAAUACUAGCUACGUAAAGUAUACUGUAUUUUACUUCUUUUGUAAUAUUUUUUGCACAGAGGAAGUGUUUGUUUUAAUGCAAGCUGGCUUGGUCUCUUCCCCCCCCCCCCACCCCGAAAGGUACUCUUGUUAUUUCAGCUGUUUGGUGCAUUUUCAGCAUUUCUUUCUAACUUUUUAGUGUAAUGCGUGUCAAAUGUUGAAAACAUUUUAAUGCUUUUGUUUAUUUUUUAACAGUGCCUGUCAAGUACUGUAGGAUUUACAAUAUGUUAAUUAAAAACGUUUUUUAUGAAACUAAAAA